AGGUGAGUCUGUUGCUUCCGGCUUCCCACUCUCUCUCUCUCUCUCCCCGUCGCCCGCAAUAUAUUCGCCGCAGCCCACACCUUCCGCCACAUUUCCGUCCCCCAUCCCCUCCGCACCGCAGCUGUCUCUUCCUCUCCUGGUCUUCGUCCUGCCACUCCUCCACCUCAACUUGCUCUGCUCUUCUCGGAUUACGGCUCGGGGUUGGUCAUUGGCGGACAGGGCGUUUCAAGAAAGGGCGGCGGCGCUUUUCCUGACGCAAGUUGCCCCGGUGUCCUGGCUUGCUGCGCGCUUGGGGGUUGGGCUCAGGAAUGGGGGGAGAGCAGGCGCUGCGUCGACUGGUCCUGUUCCCAUCUCUCUGAAACUUAGAUGGAUGCAUCUGUGAACGCCAAGAAGAAGGUUAGUUUCUGUGGGAACACCGGCCACAGCCGCUGCGGUGAAGUUCAUUUAGCUGCGGUGUGCUCCGGUCGUAUGCGAAGCAACCCCUUCUCACUUCAGUAUUGCAGGUUUGGUUUGCAUUUCCGUUCAAGUAUAAAGGAAGCAGUAUUUGGCAUGGCAUUUGAAUAGCGUCGGAACCUAGAAAACAGUGUUCCAGCAGUAUUACGUCACACUGGUGUUAUACUAUUAUAGAAAAACAUGGUGGACGUAGAACUGUUUGUUAAGGAGACUAGUGAUCACAGCAUCAGCUCUGAGGAAGAAGAUAUCCUUGUCAGGAGCUGUAGCAAUCUCAAUGUGAGCUUUGGAUACCAUUGUGAUUCUCAUCAGAGUUUUUCUCCUGAAAAUGAUCAUGGCAAUGGCAUUUCUCCUAAGAACACGUUUGGGACUAAUACCAUGAUGGGGUCACGAAAUGGCUCAUUCACUUGUUUAUCUGGUGCUGCUAUUAGUGCAAAUUUCACACUGGCAAAUACAAACAUUUGCAAUGGUCUUAUUGGCGAAGAAAUUUUACCAGAACUAGAUUCUCCAAACUCCUUUAGAAAAAUUGUUUCUUCUCCAUCAAUGUCAAGAUUGGACUCGUUCUCCACCUCACAAGGAAGUCCUGUGUCAACUGAGAGCUCUAUAUUUGAGAUCAGUAAAAACCUUUGGAGGUCCAGUGCACCAACAACUGUAUCAUCCAAUUUUCUGACUAAUACAGAGGUGAAAAUGGCUGGGGGAGCUGCUGGAGAGGAUAGAGUCCAAGCUGUGUGCUCAGAGAAAAAUGGAUGGCUGAUUUGUGGGAUAUAUGAUGGGUUUAAUGGGAGGGAUGCAGCUGAUUUUCUUGCAGUAACUCUAUAUGAUAACAUAGUAUAUUACUUGUACCUGCUGGAGAAUCGGAUAAAGCAACAAAAUGGUCUGUACAAUUCAUCAGAAAGCUCUCUCGAUGGUCUUAAAAGUGAGUUAACACUAGCCAUGAGAAACUCAGAGAAUGAAGACAUAAAAUUUUCUGAAACAUUUCGAUCUGGCGUGCUGAAUUGCCUUUCUACUGCUGUUGAGCAAGCCGAGAAUGACUUUUUAUGCAUGGUUGAACAAGAGAUGGAUGAUAGACCAGAUUUAGUUUCAGUAGGGUCUUGUGUUCUGGUUCUUCUUCUUCAUGGAACAGAUCUGUGCAUCUUAAAUAUGGGGGACAGUAGAGCUGUGCUUGCUUCCAUGCCAUAUGUAGAAAAUGGUGCUUUGAAGGCUGCUCAACUGACAGAGACCCACUCACUUGAAAAUCCUUCGGAAUACCAAAGACUUUUAGCUGCUCAUCCCAAUGAUUCUUCAGUUGUCAGGGGUAACAAAAUAAAAGGAAAGCUGAAGGUUACUCGUGCUUUUGGAGUUGGCUAUCUGAAGCAGAGGAAGUUCAAUGAUGCACUCAUGGGCAUUCUACGAGUCCGCGAUUUGAGCAGCCCUCCAUAUGUUUACACAAAUCCACACACAUUGAGUCACAAAGUUACAGAUGAUGAUUUGUUCGUUGUGCUUGGUAGUGAUGGCCUAUUUGAUUUCUUCAGUAAUGAUGAAGUUGUUCUGUUGGUUUAUCAAUUUAUGCACGAUAAUCCAAUGGGGGAUCCUGCAAAAUAUCUUAUCGAGCAACUUAUACUCAAAGCAGCCAAGGAAGCAGCUUUAACAGCCGAAGAAUUGAUGAGGAUACCUGUUGGGAGUAGGAGAAAGUACCACGAUGAUGUGACUGUCGUUGUUAUCACCCUUGGAAAUGCACAGAGAACGAUGACUGCGUCAACAUCCAUGUGAAAGAAUGGAGAGCUAGAGAGACGGGCUAUAUCAGCUGGUAAUUUUUGUGGGUUUUUGCAUACGUGUCCUCCAAAUUACAAGCCCUUUUUUUUGUUGAGAUUGGCGUGUGGUAGUCAGUAAACCCGAAUAAAAAUGUAUAUAUUGUUUUGGAAUUUGGGAAGUGAACAAAAACCUUUUGUUCAAUCGCAAGGUGGGCAUGGAUUGUUUGGCCUACUUUUGUACAUACAUGAAUUAAAACAUGGAGGUUCGUACUUGAGCCAAUGAAUCCAUGAGCAGAGCGGUGGAUCGUUCCAGUUUUCGUUUGCCAAAUUUUUUCUGCCAAGUAUUUGUUGUUUGUGUCGAUCUUAAAAUUAUGACUCCUGGCUGGUCCGGUCUUGCUUGAAGUGAAACCUAUUGUUUUCUAUUUUCUUAUUAUUAAAUGUUUAUAUUUCCAAAAAAAUGAAAAGGGUGAAAGCAUUUGAAUGUGGACUGGAAUUUGGAUCCACGCAAAAGCGAGUCCAGUGCAGAGGAUUUACUGAUAUCACCGGCCACUAAUUCGAAGAAGAUAUUAUGUGGUGCGCGAUGAUUCUAAGCGCACAGACCACACAGAUCCAUACCUCUAGCUCUUUUGUGCUCUCUGUCCACAAUUCCAUGCCGCGGCAAGCAGGCAACCAUCUCCCAAUUCUUGUGCGUUGAAAAUUCCGAGUAAUCGUCUGGUUCUUGUUUAUUUUGGUGCAUCAAUCAAUGACAGCGACGUCCUGGUUAAAACUACUGGCACCAGUAGAUGUGACCGAGGAAGAGAGACAUGGGGGAGUGGCAUUACGAAGGCCUCUCUUAUUUUCUCCAGAAGCAGCCAGGCAAAGCAAUAUGUGGCGCUGGACCUUUCGGUAAUUUUGGUAGCGGUGGGCGUUUUAUUUUUUGUGCCAUUGUGGACUUCACACUUGGCAUGGCUAAUAGCAGCUGCCUUGUGAAAUUGGUUAAAGGCAAAAGCGACUGGCGACAGUGACCUCCAUGCUUCACAACACCAGGAUCUGGGUGAGUCGCGUGGCGCGCUCUAUAUACAAGUGCGGUUCUCCACUGCAGGACUCUCCCUCUCCCUCUUCUUCCUCCUCCUCCUCUUCCUCUGUUUUGCUUUUGUGUUGCUGUUAGGUUCUUGGAUAGUUUGAUGAAUGAUACUGUGCAGCAGCAGCAGCAGUAGUAAUUCAUAGUGGGCGGUGUGAUAGCAGCAGUGAGAUCGAGGAGAGGAUGGAGGUGUUCAUCCACGAGGACUACGUGAACAAGCGCAACGAGCUGAGGAGGGAGCAGAGGCGCCGGGAACUGCAGAGGCUGCAGGUGGAGAGCAACCCCGACGCGUCCAGGGAGGCGCUGGCAAGCCGGGAGAGCCCGAGGACGCCGGCCCAGUGCCUGACGCCGACCGGCGCGUCGCCGUCCAGCUUCAGAUCCCCGACUUCGAGGAGCACGCUGCAGUCGCCGGCCGCAGCGGCGGGGCAGGCUGCCGGUUGGCCGUCGGAGCAUCGCCGCCUCUACGACUGCCUCAAGCCGUACUAGUAGGUAGGCGGACGUGGAGUGGCCUCAAUCCGGCUGCAUACACGGCCAGACGUGGCAUGGCAUGGCAUGUCGUCCAACCGAAUAAAGCGUGGAGACACUCCCUGUGGUCAAAGCAGUGCUUCUGUUGCUGCUCGUACUGUGCGGUUCAGAUCUGUGCCAUGGCAUGGUCAAGUGAACUGAGGCUGAUCUGCUCUGUUCCACUGUCAUAUGGUCACAGCAAUCUUUGAUUCAGUUUCAAGGACGACGUCCAGAACUGCCCAGUACUGUUUGGCCUGUUGUGCAUCAGAAAUUCAGAAGAGUCAAGGAGUUCCAAUAAUGCAAUAGCCAUUUUUAGUUAGCCCCAUAGAAAACCUACCUGCUUCGAUGCUGCUGCUCGUUAGAUAGAUAGAUAGGGGGUCUUACUUGUAUUUUUCUCUUUAUAAGCGGUUUUGAACUCCUGUAUUUGUAUAUGUAUUUGGGCUAGUUGCCUAAUAAAUAAUAAGUCCUAUUCAUAACA